AUGGCUAAAGGAUAAGAAGUUAAAGUAUUGCCAGAAGAGAAGGAUGCAUUGGAGAAAUUGAGAAAAGCAGUAUCGAUGAUAAUUAGUACUGGGAGUAUUGAUUUUGCAGCGAUUUUAAAAUUGAUUCAAUAGAAAAAGGUUUUCAUUAAUUAAAUUGCAACUGAAUUAUAUAAGUAUCUUUUUGUGAUAUAUGAAAGUUUAACUAAACAAAAUUUAAAAGAAAAAAAUGUCGUCUAAUUGGUUUUCUUAAUUGAUUACAUUUGCAAGAGUGAUGUAAAAGAUUUCAAAACAGCCAUUAAGUUCUACAUUGUCAAGCUCUUCGUCAAAGUUUAUAAGAAUUAGAAGGAGUUUGGAUGUGAUCUAUUAAAAUUGAAAACUGUAUUUAAAAGCUGGUUAAACAUCUUUCCAUCGCCUACUUUAAUCGAAAUCAGCAAUAAAGUCCAAUAAGAAUUGAAGGAUGAUUUGGACUAGCUGCCCCAUGAGAAAUUGGAAGAACUCAAGAAGUAUUACAAAAGUUUGAAUGUAAGCGGGGUUGAGCCAUUUUUAAAUGGAACCUACAAAAAGCAACCUGGAACAAAGAGACCAAUGGAAGAUUAGGUUGUUAAGAAGAUCAAACCAGAAUAAAAAUAUUAAUAAACUUAAAGAGUUAAUGUAGACACCUUACAAUAAAAGCAAAUUACUCUAUCUUAAUUACAACACAAUUUAUAAGGCCAUCAAUAAAUCUAUCCAUAAUCGAUGAUUCAUCAUAAUUAGACUAAUCAAACAUCUGGUUCUUAACAAUUUAGAAACCUCCAAACUCCCCAGAUGGUUACUUAUACACCUUAAAGCUCUGUGCAAAAUAAUUUUUCCUAUUUAAUCCCUUUUUAUCAAAAUCAGCCUUCUUAAACACAUUAACAAGUGUCAUCUCAACAACAGCGUCAAACUCAACAAGCAUAAGACCUCAACAUUAAAGGGUUUACUUAAUAAAACCCUUUAAUUAGUUAAUAUGCUCAAAUUUAAGGAAACAACCAAUAUCAAUAACAAUAACAAUAAUAAUAAUAACAAUAGCAAUAAUAAUAAUAGUAAUAGUAGUAACAAUAAUAAUACUAAUAAUAGCAAUAACCAUAGUAACAACAAUAAUAAUAAUAGUAAUAACCAUAAUAAUAGUAGUAAUAGUAAUAAUAAUAACAAUAAUAAUAUUACUCAUAAUAGUAAUAAUAAUAAUUAAGUAAUUAAAAAUAAAUAAAUAUCCCGAUCGAUCCAAAUACAACUACUACAGUAUUUGGUUCACUAUUCUAAUAUUUUUCUGGGUAACUGUAAGUCAGACAUGAGUUAGUUAAUAAGGAAACAGUAAAGGAUUUUUUAAAAAAAUAGAUACCAUCAUCAGAGUUACUCUCAAAUCCUAAUCGUUAUGGAACUUUAAUAAAAUGCCCAACAUGCUUUAUGAGAUUCAGAAAUUAGAGUGCUUACAUUUAGCAUUUGAAUAAUCAUGCGAGUUAUCAAUUAGAGAAGUUAAGGGAAGAUUAGAAAAAGGAGAUUCAGAUGAGCUGCUCUAGUGAAGAAUGGAUGUCAUCAACUUAAACAAUAAAGGAAAGCAAAAAUUAAGAAAGAAGUUAUGCCAUAGAUUUGGAUAAACUGAAUAAUUCAAACUGUGCAUUUUGCUUAGAGAAAUUUUAAGGUCGUUGGGAUUCAAAAAAUUGUAAAUGGAUCUAUGAGAACGUCAGAAAUUUCAUUUUAGAAUCAAAUGAUUUCGAUGACCCUUAAUUAAUUUCGAUACAUUAAAAAUGCAAUGAAGUUUUAAAUGAAAUAAAUGCUUGA